AUGGGCACAUGCGCCGACCACAUAGUCCACUAUGAGACGCUUGAUGAGGCAGGACGGCGCAUCGUGGUACCUUUCUUCCACCCAACUCUUCUCGUUCUUUCGGAGUACUUCGAUAAUAUCACCAACUGCUUCAUCAAGGACAUCCGCCAGCGCCUAGCCCUGUCUCGGCGCGUUGGGCACCUGUACCAAAGGUACAUUCCGACCCAACAACUGAUUGUGUGGUACCUUAACCACCCGGUACGCCGGAUCAAAGUCCAGGGGUGCGUCGUCGGUUAUGGCUGGCAUCGGCAGGCAGGAGUAGACUGGAUGUUUCUGCACAUUGACGACUGUACCGGGCUCAUGUGGUGUCAGUGCGAUGAAGAGCUCGCUGGCGAGGCUACUGCGCUAGUUGGCCGGACAGUGGCUGUUAGUGGUUACAUGAACCCCACCGGCAGGAUCGACCGGCCCUCGGAGUUAUACCUGGUGGUGGAGCACCUGGAAUAUGUGGUAGGGUUAGAGAGCGAGAUCCAGUUUUGGGAGGUCACUAUGCUAUUUAGGCGGCAGCUGGGCUACGUUUGGGAACUGGGUCCUGACCUUCUAAACGGCCUCUAUAGUGCACGGCGGAAGGCUGCCGUAGAGGCAGAUGGUGCCCCCAGGCAGGCGCCCACAUCAGAAAGCAACUGUGGCGAUGACGCGGCAUCUUGCAAGAGCCUGCAACCGGCUGCUUCAAUUGAGGGGUCAGCAUAUGUGCCCUGUGCACCGGUGGCGAGAGCUGCGACAACUGUCACCGUACGCUACACGAUGAACCAGUACAAGGACGCUCUUCUGGCCUAUUUCUUCGACUGUGCAGGGCAGCAGCAGGUCCCGUACAGGAGGCCUCUAGCUGAGGUGCUGGUUCUGUCUCAAAUAUUGCAUGCGGUCGCGCUCACGCGCCGCGGGGAACAUGACGCCUUUUCUGCGGGGCUAGAGAAGACAAAGGCGCUGUUGUAUGACUCUGUCCUCGCGCAGUUCUGUACCAUGGGGGUGCUAUCUCUAGAAGGGAGCGAUCAGAUACAGCUGCAUUUAUUGCCUGUGAAAGAGCAUAUUGUUGCGCGUAUUGAUACGUGGCUGAAACUACACGUGCGUGCUGGUAAGUUACUCUAUCAUCAAGUACGCAGUACUUGUGGCUUGCCACAGAUGUCGGCCCCAUUCAUUGUAAACUUGACUAAAGUGCUUCUGCGCCAACAUAUCUCACAGCGUACAGAAUUAGUCGACAGCUGGUUCCUGGACGCAAAGUCGGAAGAACGGGGUUAUCUCCUGGUAAGAUUCAACUAUAUAAACUCCAGAAUUUGCUAG